AUGAUAUUAAUAGGAGAUAAUAAAUAAUUAUAGGCAACAACUUUUGGAAAAAAUUAAUUAUAUAAAAGAAGUUUAUUUGAAAGAAUAAGCUAAAAUCAAAUAGAGCCUUAUUUUUUGAAUAAAUAGUAUAGAAUGUAGCCUUAUUUAUCAUUAUUUCCUUCCUAAAUUUUUUAUAAAGGAAAUUUAAAAGAUUCCAAAAAAGUCUAAAAAAGACCUUUUUUAUUUAAAUCUUUUUUAAAUGAAAAUUAUUCACAUUUUUUUAUAGACAUUUAAUUUUCAAAAGAAAUACAAAAUAAAUCUUCUUUUUUUAACCUUGAAGAAGCCUACUUGUGUAUAUCAUUAGUAUCUGAAAUAAUUUCUCUUUUGGAAAAAAACUAAUUUCCUUCUAAUAAUUUAACAAUAGGAGUAAUUGCACCAUAUUCUUAAUAGGUUUAAUGUUUAAAAAAUCUUUUUAGAUAAUAAAAUUGGUACUUAAUUUACCGAAAAAUAAUUAAAAUAAAAACUAUUGAUUCAUUCUAAGGAUAAGAGAAAGACAUUAUUAUAUUCUCCACAGUUAGAACUUCUAGAAUUGGAUUUUUGUAAGACGAAAAAAGACUUAAUGUAGCACUUACAAGGGCCAAAUAUUGUCUUUAUGUAGUAGGAAAUUCAAAUUGUCUAAAUAAAGAUUUUUUUUGGGAUUCCUUUAUUGGUUUUAUGUCUGAAUAAGGUAAAUAUGGGCAAAUUUUGGAAAAAGAUAAUUUAUUAUCAAAUACAGGCGCUUUAAUUUUGUAAGGAUUAAUUUCAAAAGGAAUUAGAAGCCUAUAUAAGAAAAAAAACAAAGAUAAAUCAAUUAUUUAAUAAGGAGAUUAAAAUUAAGAUUAGGUUAUUACAAAUAAUCAAGAUAAAAAAAGUGGAAUUAGUCUUGUUGAUGCUUUAUCAUAUUAUGAAAUACAUAAUUUUACUUUAUGUGAUUUAAAAUAAUUAAUUAAUUGA